CUCAGUUUGAUGCGCUGCGGGUGAAACUCACUGUUCUCUGUGCUCUCCAGUUAUCACUGCUCUGGUUUUGUGCAACCCCCGUGUCGCCGACGAUCAGCGGCGCUCCCUGGCUCUCGGCUACAGACACUGGGUCUAGGGCACAUGUUGCCUUUGUCUCCCACUGCACACACAAAUCACACCUACACACAUAGCUCCGCAGUCCUCCACCUCCUCUGGUGAUAUCUGAACCAAGAUGCGGUUCGGCGAGCAGCUCCGUUCCUCGCUCGUCAAAGAAUACUACUGGUAUUACAUUGCCUACGACGACCUCAAAGAAGCUCUCAAAACCGACUAUGAGACCGCACCCACCCCUCAGAAUCCGAACCCUAAACGGAAGCCAUGGUCCGAGGAGGACGAGAAACGCUUCGUCGCCCUGCUCGAAAGUGAAUUGGAUAAAGUCUCCACAUUCCAGAAAGUCAAGAGCGACGAGAUCGUAAGAAGAAUCAAAGCCAGUGAACUAGAGGUCAACGACGUGGUGUCGAGAUUGGACCAAACCGGUGGCCAGCCAGCCGGUGCAGCAAGGGCCAGCGGUGCUCCAACAGAUGCAGACUUUUUGCUCUUGGAAGAAGAUCUGAGCGAUAUAAUCGCCGACGUACAUGAUCUGGCGAAGUAUACCAAGCUGAACUAUACGGGGUUUCAGAAGAUUAUCAAGAAACAUGACAAACAAACAAAAUGGUACCUGAAACCUGUUUUUGCGACACGGUUAAAAGCGAAACCUUUCUUCAAGGACAACUACGAUGCAUUUGUCGUCAAGCUGUCCAAGCUGUAUGAUCUAGUUAGGACGAAAGGGAAUCCCGUAAAAGGAGACAGUGCCGCCGGUGGUAGUCAGCAGAACUUUAUACGGGAGACUACGAAAUACUGGGUACAUCCGGAUAAUAUUACAGAGCUAAAACUCAUUAUUUUGAAGCAUCUUCCAGUACUUGUCUUCAACCCUACUAAAGAAUUCGAAGAACGUGAUGCAGCUAUAUCGUCCAUUUAUUACGAUAAUCCGGACACGUGGGAGUUGUAUAUGGGGCGGUUAAAAAAAACUGAAGGUGCAGAGGCCAUCAGACUUCGCUGGUAUGGCGGAAUGGAAAAUGAGCAGAUAUUCGUUGAGAGGAAAACGCAUCGGGAAGAUUGGACAGGGGAAAAGUCUGUCAAAGCGCGCUUUCCAAUGAAGGAGAAACAUGUCAAUGCCUAUCUUUCUGGGAAAAUGACUGUGGAGUCUAUAUUUGAAAAGCUGAGAAAGGAGGGCAAAAAGAGCGAAAAGCAAAUCGCCGAUUGGGAGCAACUUGCCCGAGAAAUUCAGUAUCGAGUGAUCACUAGGAAACUCGUCCCUGUGACCAGAACGUUCUACCAUCGAACCGCUUUCCAGCUACCUGGGGAUGCACGAGUCCGGAUAUCUUUGGAUACCGAAUUGACGAUGGUUCGUGAAGACAACCUCGAUGAUCGUAGAAGAGCAGGCGACAAUUGGAGGCGAAUGGACAUCGGGGUUGAUUACCCAUUCCGCCAGCUUCCGGCGGAAGACGUUGAGCGCUUUCCUUAUGCGGUCUUAGAAGUCAAACUGCAGACUCAAGCAGGACAAGAGGCCCCUCAAUGGAUUCGAGAACUAAUAUCAAGCCAUCUGGUUGAAGCUGUUCCAAAGUUCAGCAAGUUCAUACAUGGGACUGCAAAUUUGUUUCCGGAACGAAUAAAUCUUCUACCAUUUUGGAUGCCACAAAUGGAUGUGGACAUCAGAAAACCGGCAAGACCGGGCUUUGGCAUUGAGAGACCUCCGCAAUCCAAUCUUUCGACUAGUGAAGACAUGAUGGACGACGAUGAGUCUGAGGAAGAGGGAGAGAGAGAGGUUCCCUUCGAAGAAGGUCGAGGCCCACAUCCGACCAGUCCAACUCACGAAGAUCGUACCAGCCCGUCCCCUGAGCAAGCCCGUGCAGUGACUCGACACGACUUGGCGAGCGGUUCAGACUUCCAAGCUCCAGGGAAUUUAUUGGACAUCGAGGAACGCAUCGCAGUGCAGGGUUUGCUUGGCGGUGAUGAUUACCCUCUGUACGACUCUGAGGACGAAUCCAAUGACCAGGACGAACUCGAAGAAGCAAGAAAAAUUGGUGGAAUGCGAUACUGCGCCAAGCUUGCAAAACACUACGUCCGAAAUGCUGGACGUCGGGUCAUGCAUAGCUUGAAAUACAUCAUGCCAAUUCCAAGGCCAACAGAGCUACCAGAAGGCGCAACACCUGGAAGGAUACGCAAAGUCUUGGGGAGUGGGCCAAUCGAAGUCAAGAGAUUCAAAGCUCCCAGGGGUAAACGAAUCCAUGUCCCGAUCCGCGUGGAACCUAAAGUUUACUUCGCCGCGGAGCGCACAUUUCUCUCCUGGCUUGAAUUCUCCAUCUUCCUCAGCACCAUCGCUGCCACCUUACUUAACUUUGGGCAAGAUACAAUCAGCCUUGGUUCAGCAUGGGCGUUCACUAUCCUUGCGUGCCUAGCGCUGAUAUAUAGCUUCCUUCUGUACAUGUGGCGUGUAGACAAGAUUCGAAAGCAUAGGGAUGUCAAAAACGUUUACUAUGAGAAGUGGGGGCCCACAGUGUUGUGCUUGGGUGUUGUCGUGGCUAUGAUGUUGAACUUUGGAUUGAGAAUUCGAGGGAAUUCAUAGAGAUCGCGGAGGACCUUUCGCUUCUCUCCAUUGCGCCCCAUAAGGUCGCGUGUAUCAUGCUUUGUUAAAUACCUUUUGAUAUGAUAUGAUAUGACGGCAUUUCUGGGAGAUUUGGUUUUCGGAGCCGAUCUCACACUAAAUUGUUAUGUAUCAUAGGAACAUGCACAGA